UCAAAGCUUUUUGUUAAGUUUUUACCAUAGUACCAACAAUUAUUGUUUGAUAAAAAAAUUAUAAGAAAUCAUUUUAAAUAUGCUUGCCUUUGUUGAUAUUCCCUCUAACAGGUGCUACUUUAGGAAAAAAAAAUCAAAUACUGACGUUAUAAGGCUGCUCAAUUCAUAAAACUUGUGGGUUUUUUUGUGUGUUAGUGUGGUUUUUUUAUAUUCAAAUGAAAUGCAUUUAAAUAAAGCACAUGGUUUGACGUUCAUGCACAAAAAAUAAUUAUGCAAAUAAACAAUCUGCUGCGAAAAUUCUGCUAGUAUUUCAAACCAAUGACAAGCGCUGAAUCACGGUAGGUGUGGAAAAAGUUUCAUAUAAAAUUAAACUUUAAAUUUAAUUUUUAAUGACUUGUUUAUUAUUGUUAUGGUUUUUAGUUAUUAUGAAUCGUCAAUACAGUACUUCUAAAAAUGCUGAUAUAACAAAGCUUUUGAAUAGUUGUGGAACUUAUGGUUUAGAUCCAUCAGAAGUCAACGAUGCCCUGCACAAUUUCUUUGAAUAUAGAGAUUGUGAAAAGGAUUCCGAUGAUGACUUUUCAAUGUCUGACUUUUCUGACAACCAAGCAUCUAGCGACGAUGAGGUGGAGAUGGCCGAGAAUUAACAUUUAACCUCAAAUUCGCACGAUGAACCAAUGACUGAGAAUGAGCCUUUAGCUUCAACUUCGCAGGAUGAAUCAACAACCGAAAAUGACAUAGUCAUUCUUAAUAACACCAGCAAAACAAUAAUUUCUCUCCGUUCACUUUAUUCACAAUUAUUUGAAAAUGAAGAUGAGGAAAAAAUAAAAAACUUUAUAAAAUCUGGCUGUGGGUGUCAUCAAGGAGUAAAUAAUAAAAACUGUAUGGCGUGCUUCUCACAUUUAGAAAUACGCGAAUACAGAAUACAAUGUUUUGAGAUUGAUGGGAUGAUUGAACACGAAAACAAACUGAAUGACAAUAUUGUUGCACAGUUAAGUGCUCUGCUUCACACGAGUAAAAGGCUAAUGUGUUGUAAUCGUUAUGAAGAUCAAAAUGAACUUCGAUCAAAAACAAUGAUGGAUUAUCGGUUUCACAGAUACAAGAUAUGUUUGAAAUCAUUCCUGUUUUUAGCUUUCUCGAAGAUCUGGAAAAUGGCCUUGCCCUAUAUUGUUAUCCAACGUCUGCGCUCGGACUUAUGCAGUCUCUGUCAAAAUAACACAAUAAAUAUGUCUGAAAUAGUUAAUCUAGAAGUAGAAAUAAAACGAGAGUGUAUAACUGAGAUGUUGGAACAUCUAAAGUUAGUUGAAAAAGAGCGUUCUGUUUAUCACGAUAGUAUCAAACUGGCAAAACAAAAUGAAAUUUCGCACAUUUCUUUUGACUAUGCACAGCAAAUCUUUCUACCUAAUUUGCCAGAUCAACCUGGACCUAUCUAUUUUUUAACUCUGUUUAAAGUUGGGAUUUUUGGUAUUGCAAAUGAAUUGGUCUGUGUUCAGCACAAUUAUGUGAUACCUGAAAACAUGUUGACUGGAAAGGGUGCAAACUGUAUUUUGAGUAUGGUUCAUCACUACCUUGCUGAACAUAAAUAUUCUAUCAAAGCUACACUGUAUUGCCAUGCUGACAACUGUGUAGGGCAAAAUAAAAACAAAAUUGUAGCGCAGUAUUUGUCUUGGAAAGUAGCUGUUGGGUUAAACCAAAAAAUAACUAUCAUGUUCCUGCCUGUCAGUCACACGAAAUUCUCUCCAGAUGCAGGAUUUGGGAUUCUAAAAUCCAAAUUUCAGCGAAGUGAAGUAGCUUUGGUCAAAGAGUUUGCCGCAUGCAUUGAAGCUAGUACUCUGAUUUCAAAAUUGAAUAAAUCAGUCAUUGUUGGUGAUGAGAAUGGUACAAUUUUGGUGCCAAUAUAUGAUUGGCAAGAACAUCAUUCAUCCAAUUUCAAAACGAUUCCUAAUCUCAAGCAAUGGCACUAUUUCACAUUUCAAUUUGAUAAACCUGGAGUGAUUACUUGCAAGAUUAAUUCGGACAGUGCAGAGGUAGAAUUCCAAGUAUGGCAACACCAACUUAUCUCAAAAAUUACCAUGCCACAAAUGUUACAGCCUAAACUUCUCUUACCAGAAAGACAAUGGUAUCUGUACGAUAGCAUCUGAAUAUUUGUCCCAGAACACGGUAAAGGUUUAAAUGUCCAAAGCCACAAGUUGACAGGAUAACGCUUGCCCAGGUGAGAGCACCAAAUGUUCGCAAAAUAGUUCAAGAAACGGUUGACAAUCCAGAUUUUUCGAAGGGUUUGUCUCCGGUUAAAAUAAAGCCGUCCACAUGUUCUUACUGCAAACAAGUUGGACAUAUAAACAAAAUGCUAAAAAUAGUUCCAGUUUGCCCUAAACGAAAAGCAAAUAAAGAAAAUUGUAUUUAGUUAAGACUUUGAUUUUUUUAGGUAUGUUUAUAUUUUUUUAUUUUCAAAGAGUUAUUGUAAUAUAUUUAAUGUGCAACUUUGUACCAGUAAUCUAAACUGUAUUAUGCAUUUAAAAACAGAAAAUAAUCACUAACUUCUUCAUCAAACUGAAUUUAUAACAUUUUUAAAUUACGCGAACUUUCAACUUUAAUUUUCUCAAUAACGCUAUUCCGGUUGUUGUCCCGCACAAAAAGCCAUAACUUGGUCAAAAAUAAAGAUAUCAAGUUAAUUUUUUUUCUUUUUGAUCAUUUUUUUUUCUAUUAUGCAGUGGUACUAAUAACUUCAUUUCUAAGACUUGGUCUCUUUUCCUGUGAGGUGCCUCAUAUAUGUCAUAUAAGAAAGUUUUAUUUUGAAAUAUUUUUUAUUCUAGUUAAUAGGUUAUUAGAUAUAUCAGUGAUGCUUAUUGAAAUUAAUUAAUUUUUAUUUCAUCAAAACAUUGUCUUACUCAUUUGCAAAGUGCCCAUAAAUUAAUAACAAUUAAUGUGUGAUGACCUAACGAUUGUAAAUUGCUAUCCAUUGAUACUAAAAAGUGAAUUUUUCUUAAUUUAGUUUGCUAAAUUUAUUUACAUAUAAAAAACAUGAACAAAUUAAAA